AAUUUAAACUACGCACGUGAUGUAAGUGGUACGCACGCUACGUAACUGGCACGGAUUCCACUUUUAAUUUUGGAGAUAAAUUCGAAUCGCAGUCAAGAUCAUUUGAGAGAUAGAGCCAUCGCGGAAAGCGGACAUACCACGAUCGAGUGCUCCGUGACAUAUUCGCUAUGGUACUUGCGGAAAUAAUCGGGACUUUCAUUGUUGCUCUGGGCAUUGCGUAUAUUUAUUAUAAAUUUGUGAUAUUCAGUUUCUGGCGCAAGAAAGGUGUUUUUUAUGUCGAACCCGUUGUACCAACUGGAAAUGUAACAAGUUUAAUAACUGGAAAGGUACAAAUAGGCGUAAUUUUUCGUGAUGCCUACAUGAAAUAUAAACACCAUCGUGCUUUUGGAAUGUAUAUGCUUUUCAAACCAAAUUUGGUGAUUGCCGAUCUCGAUCUCAUUCGAAUAGUGUUAACAAAGGAAUUUAAGAGUUUCCAUAGUCGUGGAAUGUACUGCAACGAAAAGAUCGAUCCGUUAGCUGCCCAUUUGUUUUUUCUACCUGGAAAAAAGUGGCGAAAUUUACGCAUCAAGCUAACACCAACUUUUACUUCGGGAAAAAUGAAACAGAUGUUCUCGAUUAUAAAAGAACAUAGCAAAGAAUUCACAAUGUUUCUAGAAAGCAAAGCACGAAUAAAAGAUUCCGUCGAGAUGAAAGAUAUGUUUAAAAGAUAUUCAACCGACGUGAUUAUGUCAACGGCUUUUGGUAUUAAAUCUAAUUGUAUUGUGGAACCGAAUAAUGAUUAUCGAACUUAUGGAAGGAAAAUAUUUGUGAUGAAUCCAAUUUGGAUUGCUUUGUUUAUGUUUGUGCCAAAGAUUAUGAGUUUCUUGUCCGUCCCCCUCACGCCCCGAUGCGUCACCAAUUUUUAUAUAAAUAUGUUCCGAGAGACUGUAGAAUACAGGCAAGCUCACAAUAUCGUUAGGCAUGACUUUGUGAAUCUACUUAUGCAACUGAUGAAGAGGGGUUACGUUAACCCUGACGAUGACGAUGAAAUCACCGAUGUGUCACCAACCGUAAAUAAACUUACUAUGGCGGAAGCUACAGCGCAAAGUUAUGUCUUCUUCAUAGGUGGCUUCGAGACCACGUCAACGACAUUAACGUUUGCGCUGUAUGAAUUAGCUCAAUGUAAAGACAUACAAGAUAAACUUUGGAAAGAAAUCGAUGAAACGUUGGAAGAACAUGGUGAUUUGACUUAUGAUGCUAUAAACGAAAUGACAUAUCUUCACAAAGUACUAAAUGAGACUAUGAGGAAAUAUCCAAAUCUACCCGUCUUGAAUCGCGUUUGCACUAAAGAAUUUAACAUACCGACAAUGAACAUUCGCGUACCAAAGGGGACAUUAAUAUCAAUACCAGUGCUUGGUCUGCAUCAAGAUCCGUCGAUAUACCCUGAUCCAGAUAAAUUUGAUCCUGAACGAUUCAAUGCUGAGGAGGUAGCAAAAAGACAUCCAUAUGCUUAUUUGCCAUUCGGGGAAGGUCCACGCAACUGCAUUGGUUCGCGAUUUGCCUAUAUGCAAAUGAAAGUCGCACUCGUGAGUCUUUUGUCAAAAUACAGAUUUACACUUCAUCCGCGGACACAAAUUCCGCUCCUUUUUCAUAAUAGAACUAUCGGACUCGGAAUAAAAGGUGGUGUGCAUUUUAUUAUCGAGCCACGAUAGAAACGCGUUCUUGUGUAAAUAAAAAAAUACUUUUACUUUUUACUUAAUUGAAACAUAUUAAUACAUAGUAUUUGGUAAAGAUAAAUAUAUUAUAAAUAAUAAAAAUAAUAUAGAUCAAAGAUAUGUACUAUA